UCCUCAUUUAAUUCUCUCUGUGUUUGUCUGUGUCCAGCGAUGGUGUUUGACAGUGUCAGAGUGUUUGGCUACAAAACCUGUUCUCUGGUGGAUGGUUUUCAGUCAGGACAACUGAACCAGGGUCCCAAAGACCACCGCUCAGUUCUACAGGCAGGUCGUAAAGGACAACGGUUUCCCUGGUGAUGAGACCACCAGAGAGGUCAAAGGGUGUUUCCCAUGUGACUUCCACUGGGGCGUGGCCGACUCAACCGUACAGAUUCUAUCGCUGUCUCCUGACUGAGCUCCGCAAGCAGGGCCUGGAGGCCAUGGUCAUCCUCUACUACCCCACGAACAGAGCCCCUCUGCUGGGCUUGCCUGGCCCGGUGCAUGGCUCCAGAGGCUGGCUGAACCGGAGCACGGUGGAGGCCUUCCAGAGCUACCCUCUGCUACAGGGCUGGGCCCUGGGUGAGUUAUUGGAUCCCCAUCAAUGAGCCCAACAGACUGAUGGAGUGGAGAGGAGCAGCAUCUGGCAGCCCAUAGCCUCCUGCUGGCCCACACUAAGGCCUGGAGGCUCUAUGAGAGGGAGCAUCUCAGCCAACAGAGGGGACGUGUCCCUGGCCCUGCACGCAGACUGGGUAGAACACGCCAACCCCUUCCUGGAGUCACAUGCAACCACCGC